UCUCUCACCAACUGGGGGCGGCGUGGUUGUUAUUGCUCCCAUUGGACUGACCGGGAGACUGAGGCUCUAGUCAGUUUGAGGACUGGCGGAAAGUGACCGGGGUCGCUGGUCUCGAACUCCCGUUACUGUUGAUGCCCAGUGCUGGCCAGGGCAUCAAGGAGGGUGGUGAGAAGCCUCGGGGAGCCCAGACUGCAGACAAAGCUGGCUGGAUCAAGAAGAGCAGUGGGGGCUUCCUCGGGCUCUGGAAAGACCGCUAUCUGCAUCUCUGCCAGGCCCAGCUGCUGGUCUGUGAAAAUGAGGACGAGCAGAAGUGUGUGGAGACUGUGGAGCUGGGCUCCUAUGAGAAAUGCCAGGAUCUCCGGGCCUUCCUUAAGCGGAAACACCGCUUUAUUCUGCUGGCAACAAGAACUCACAGUUCUCCAGGCAACAAGGUCAGCGAUAUCAAAUUCCAAGCACCCAGUGGGGAGGAAAAGGAGUCCUGGAUCAAAGCCCUCAACGAAGGGAUCAACCGAGGCAAGAACAAGGCUUUCGACGAGGUAAAGGUGGACAAGACCUGUGCCCUAGAGCACGUGACAAGGGACCGGGUGCGUGGGGGCCAGCGACGCCGCCCACCUACAAGAGUCCAUCUGAAGGAGGUAGCCAGCGCUGCUUCUGAUGGACUUUCGCGCCUGGACCUCGAUGUUCCGGACAGUGGGCCACCAGUGUUUGUCCCCAGCAAUGAUGUCAGGGCCACCCAGCCCCGGGAGAUACCCCGGCCCCCCAUGCCUCCUACCAAGCCUUCCCCAGAGCCUGAGACAACCAGCCUUGAUGACAGAGUGGAGACCCCUGCGGGGGAAAAGCCCCCAACCCCUGUUCCAGCUAGCUCUGAGGCCCACUCUGAGAGCCGGGAAGAUUCAGAGACUCCGGUGGGGGAGGACAGUAGCUCUGAACAGCCUCACAGUGGGGUCCUGCCUGAAAAACUGAAGGUCAGCUGGGAGAACCCCAGCCCUGAGGAGCCUGUUGACCAUGAGAGUGCAGCCCCAUCCCAGGGGCCCUCCUCUGAGACUUCUGCAGCUGCUCCCAAGGAGAGUGGGAAGCCCCCUGCACCCCCACCCAAAAUCUUAUCAGAGAAACUGAGAGCCUCCAUGAAGGGGAUGGAGGCUUCUGGGCCAGCCCCACGAACCAGGACCUCUGAGACCUCUGCCCUGAGCCCAGAGCAGGUCUCAGUGAAUGGUGUAGAUGAUGGUCCUGAGCCCGCCAAGCCAUCCCAGGCUACAGGCACCCCAGGAACUCCCAAAGAGGAUGCAAAAAAGUCCACAGCACUGCCCCUCUGGGACCUGCCAACCCAGUUCCACACCCGCUGCUCCUCCCUGGGAAACCUGCUUGGGGAAGGCCCCCGGCAUCCAUGGCAGCCUGGGGAACGACUGUAUCGGGCCCACCUGGAGGUGAAGGUUGCCUCAGAGCAGACAGAGAAACUUUUGAACAAGGUGCUGGGCAGUGAGCCGGCUCCUGUGAGUGCUGAGACAUUGCUCAGCCAGGCUGUGGAGCAGCUAAGGCAGGCCACCCAGGUCCUGCAGGAAAUCAGAGAUCUGGGAGAGCUGGGCCAGGAAGCACCUGGACUGCGGGAGAAGAGGAAGGAGCUGGUGACUCUGUACCGGAGAAGCGCACCCUAGGGCCUGUUGGGCCAGAGCACGGGCCCUCCUGGCCCACCCAGUCCUUCAAGGCCCAGCCCUGCUGACAAAUGUGCUUCUGCUCAGGCUAUAGAAGGGUCCUCAGGCACAUGUGGAUUGGCCAGGACCUGCAGAGACUCCUGGUAUCCUUCCUGCCACUGUCCCGGUGCCUCCCAGAGGCCACUGUCUUGUAAUCUGGCCCAGCCUCUGGGCUCUGAGCUCGGGCUGGCAGCACGCACUCCAACCUAUGUGCUUUCGUGGUUGUUCCAAACUGCCCCAGGGCUUUGGCAUAAUGCUUGGGGUUUCUGGAGGGGGGUGUCAUCUCCGUUUCCCACCCCCAGUAGUUUACAUUCCUGAUUUCUGAAUAGAGCACAGCUGAGCCCACCUGCAGCCUCCAUGUCUACGUAUUCCUAGGCAAAGAACCUCAAUGUCAUCUACCCUCCCAAAGUCAGCCACCCUAUUCCGAGUAGCUGUUGGGCCUGGGUCCACACAAUAGGUUCAGCUGAGUGAGACCUGGAACCGGCCUCUAAGGCAGGUUGGAAAGGGUCCGUGUGAGGAAGCCUCUUGCUGUGUGUUCCCUCUCUGAGCCCAGUUCCCAUUAUGUAAACGAGGACGUGUCCUGCAGCCCUUCCCCUCUGAUGAGAUAUGAUUGGAGGACUCCCAGGAGAAGGAGGGACUUGAAGAAUCUGCUGGUCUAGUUCCUGCCCCUGCACCAGCUUGUGCCCAGAUUGGCAUGUCUGUGUAGAGGAGAACCGCAGAACGCCCGGAUGGUGUCAAUACCAGAAAACCCUGUGUGUAAUUCAUUAGAAACCAACCUUCAAGAGAGAGGCCCCUCCAACUUCUGUGCCUCCCCACGUGGGUUGUUCUGUCUCAUCCCAUUAGGUUCAAGAUCUCAGUCAUUUCUUCAAAUGUUGAGGGGGAUGUUGGGGCCUGAAACCACUUCCCUCUCCCUUCUUUUCCCCACCCCUUGGCUCCGGCCCCGGAUGGCUGCUCCUCCUGAACUUCCCAGUGGAAGGGAGCAUGUUCUCCUGUGCCUUUCCUGGUCUGUGCCUGCACCCUGGGCCUCCCUCCCUCUCCACCCAUUGUCCUCGGCUCUGGGAGCAUAUCCAGUCCCCAUCCUGCUGUGGCUGCAGGACUGAGGGCAGGACCUGUAGGUGCAGAGGCUUUGAAGGUCAUAGCCAUUCUCUCUGGGGCCUGUGGGAGUGGGAGCAGCUUCUAGUGGCCUGGCCAGGGCAGUUCUGCAUGUGCACUUUUGUUUACUGAAGGCGAGAGGAAGCAGGGUCACAACUGCACAUUUUAGCCUUUCUGCACACCACCCCAUCCCCAGCCACAAGUCCUGCCUACUGCCAGUGCAGGUCCAGGCUUUACUGUACUUUUACAUUCACGUUGUUCCUGAGGGUAGUGGCCAGCUAUCAGCAGGGGCGGAUGUCCACUCUGUGGCCUGUACUGGGCAGGGGUGAGCAGUAAUGCCCUGGCUUGUGAAAUCCCAUUGGCCUCCUCAAAUCACUCUCCCUGGACAAACUGCUUCAUGCCACAGUCUGCCUCUUCCUCUCCGUCUCCAGUGUGAGAGCACAAAUGUCACUUGCCCCUUCUUUCUCCCUUGGGGGACCCUUUCCCCACUAGCAAGCUGUUGCUGGCCAAGUCAUUUGCUCCUGGAGACUACAGCCUCGAUUUCCUCUUCUGGUGACCAGGCUGGGCAAGAAGCUAUGAACCAUGCCGGUCGCCUAAUGCCAUUGGUUCCCAUGGGGAGCCCCAAGGGGAAAGCCCGCUUCCAGGGGGAUGACUGUGGGAACAUGCAGGGGCUGCCUUGCCUGCUGCCUUGAGGAAGAUGAUGUUCCAUGUCUUCUGCGUGUGAAGCAUCUUUGUUGAAGUUUUUGCAAUAAAUCCACUUUGAUGGAAUUUUCCUGGCACAAACCUGUUUGUUGGUGUGGGAUCAGCUUCAGGCUGGCCUCAUGGAAGCUGAGGGUAGGUAGUGGUUAAUCACUGGCAUCCUGGUCCUCCAAACUCAGUUCUAGAGCCUCCUUUCCACAUAAACUCGCUCGCUCAAAUGGAGGUUUCAUGAUGUUAU